AUGACUUCAAACGCGUCACUAAGCUGCUGCUCCCGCUCCGCUCAGGACGGCCCAGGCGAGCGCGUUCAUUGGCCAUCUGUGUCCCUGUUCCCGCCCCUCCAGGCUAUAGGCCGCCGAACACUCGUGACCUUCCCCGGAACCGCUGCUCACACUCUGUCUACACCUGCCAUUGGCUGGCCUUAUUCUGCAAAGGGGACCCUGGGUGGCAUGUUUGGAAUGCUAAAGGGCCUCGUGGGUUCAAAGAGUUUGAGUCGUGAAGACAUGGAGUCAGUGCUGGACAAGAUGCGGGAUCACCUCAUUGCUAAGAAUGUCGCGGCAGAUAUUGCAGCCCAGCUCUGUGAAUCUGUCGCUAACAAGCUGGAAGGGAAGGUGAUGGGAACAUUUAGUACAGUGACAUCUACAGUGAAGCAAGCUCUACAAGAGUCCCUCGUGCAGAUUCUGCAGCCACAGCGUCGUGUGGACAUGCUCCGGGACAUCAUGGAUGCCCAGCGUCGCCAGCGCCCCUAUGUUGUCACCUUCUGUGGCGUUAAUGGAGUGGGGAAGUCCACUAAUCUUGCCAAGAUUUCUUUCUGGUUGUUGGAGAAUGGCUUUAGUGUCCUCAUUGCUGCCUGUGACACAUUUCGUGCAGGGGCUGUGGAACAGCUGCGCACACACACCCGGCGCCUGAGUGCCCUACACCCACCCAAGAAUCACAAUGGCCGCACUAUGGUGCAGCUGUUUGAAAAGGGCUAUGGCAAGGAUGCUGCCGGCAUUGCGAUGGAAGCUAUUGCUUUUGCACGUAACCAAGGCUUCGAUGUGGUGCUGGUUGAUACAGCUGGCCGCAUGCAAGACAAUGUCCCCCUGAUGACUGCACUGGCCAAGCUCAUUACUGUAAAUACACCGGACUUGGUGCUGUUUGUGGGGGAGGCCUUAGUAGGCAACGAGGCCGUGGAUCAGCUGGUCAAGUUCAACAGAGCCCUGGCUGACCAUUCUAUGGCUCAAACACCUCGGCUCAUUGAUGGCAUUGUCCUUACUAAAUUUGAUACCAUUGAUGACAAGGUGGGAGCUGCUAUAUCUAUGACGUACAUCACAAGCAAGCCCAUAGUCUUUGUGGGUACUGGCCAGACCUACUGUGACCUACGCAGUCUCAACGCCAAGGCUGUGGUGGCUGCCCUCAUGAAGGCUUAA